AUGUCUAGAGAUCAUCGAAAGAAACCAUUAGGCUAUGUACGCGGUUUUCGUCCACCUGAUAGCAUCGCAAUACAGAAUGCAUUGGGCAAGUUAGAUGAAUCUAAUAAUGUUUUCACUGAUGAAUUUUGUUCGAGCUUUUUACCAUUAUCCAAACCAACUAAUGAAAAUGAUUGGCUUGCAAACUAUAAUGAACAUGGUCAAACAUACGAAAAAUUUCUUAAAGAAUGCCCGUUUGUUCAUUCGAAAUUCUUCAAUGCUAAACCAUUUGAUGAAAAAACGAUUUAUUUAACAAUUUUUGGCAAAAUUGACGAAAAUAUAUUCGAUAUUGAAAGUCUUGUUGAUUAUACAAAGAUAUUUUUUGGAGUAUCGGUUAAAUUAAUAGCACUAUUUUCCAAUGUUGAAUGGGACGAUAAGAAACGUGUUUGGAGUUGCACAAUGGAUAAAAACAAAAAUUCAAUAAAUCUUCAUACUCGUUAUAAUAAAUCUACUCAUCAUUCACAAAUAUGUGUGACAAGUAUAUUAAAAUUAUUAAAACGUGUUGUUCCCAAAGAUGCUCGAUGUUUAGUAGCAUUGACAAUGUAUGAUUUAUAUCUGGAUGAUUCUGAUUUAUUUAUUGCUGGUUUAGCAGAGGGAAAUUCUCAUAUUGCUGCAUUUUCAUUUUUUCGUUAUGAUCCAUGUUUAACAUUUAAUGAUAGUGAUUGGUUUUAUUUUAAAAAAAAAUCUGUUGAAGAAACAAUACGUCGUGAACAAUUACGAUUGAGAUCUUGUCGAUUACUUACACAUGAAAUUAAUCAUUUAUUUGGUAUUGGUCAUUGUAUCUAUUGGUCAUGUUUAAUGAAUGGUAGUGGUCAUUUAGAAGAAGAUUUUUCACAACCCAUGUUUUUGUGUCCAGUUGAUUUAAGAAAAUUGGUAACAUUAACAAAAUUUAAUAUCAAAAAACGUUAUGAAGAAUUAUUAGAAUUUUUUACUAAACAUAAUCAUUUGGAUGAAGUUAAAAUGUUAGAAAUAAAAUUGAAUAUUCUUAAAAAAUUAGAUGAUAAUAAUAGAAAACGAUCAAUCAUUGAUGAUGAUGAGAAAAUUAUAGUGAAAAGAUUAAGAAGAAAAUGA